UAUAGACGAGUAAAAAAGACACUACUAUAAUCUUCUUCGAAAUCGCAUUUUCCAUUUCGACUUUGGACGUUCUUAUACUGUGCUUUUUUAAGUUGGCUCUCAUUUCGAAAAUGGCAAAACCGAUUUUAGGCUACUGGGAACUUCGUGGAAUAGCAGAACCCAUCCGUUAUCUCCUGCAUUACAAAAAGGUAGAUUUCGAGGACAAAAGAUACGCAGCUGAUGAAUCAGGAUUCGAAGAAUGGGAAAAGGACAAGUUAACACUCGAACUGAAUUUCCCAACUUUGCCUUACUACAUUGAAGGUGACCUCAAACUCACCCAUAACAUCGUCAUCAUGAGAUAUUUAGGUUACAAAUAUGGUCUUAUUGGCAAUACCAAAGAAGAGAGACGUCGAGUGGUUAUUGCAGAGCAACAGGCAGUUGACUUUCGUGACAAGUUUAGGUCCUUUGUUUUCAAAAAGGAAUUUGAAACAACAGGGAAGGAAGAAUUUCUGAAGAGUGUCCAGCCUAUGUUCCAACAAUGGGAGAGGUUUCUAGGAUCUAGUAAGUUCCUAGUUGGAGAUGAGUUGACUUAUGUAGAUUUCUUAUUAUACGAGGCUUUAGAUCAUUAUAGAGUGUUCCAUGAAACUAUACUAGAUGAUUUUCCGUCUCUUAGAGCUUAUUUCAACAGAAUGAAAAACUUGCUUGAUCUUAUGGAUUACAUCAACUCUUCAGUUCACAAGUCAUGGCCGAUAUUUUAUCACAAAGCUAAGUUUGGUGGAAGCGGUGAUCCACCCAAGCAUUUCUAAUUUUCAUGCAAAUUCGAGUUUCUUUGCAAUUCUACAGAGAUAUCAGUUAAGAAAAUUAUGUCUUCUUUUAAUUUAAGAAUAAAAAUAGUAUUACAUAAA